AAAUUAAAUUCACCAACCGCAUCUCAUAAACCCUAGAACUGGAAGGAGGAGAAGAGCAAUGUCGAACAACGAUUCCAAUCUAACAAUGGCGACAUUCAAUCUCCCUUUCGACGUAACCAUUGACAUCUUCUCAAGAUUACCGGUGAAGUCUCUCUUUCGAUUCACCUCCGUAUGCAAAUCCUGGUACGCUCUAAUCAAGACCCCUAAUUUCAUUUCCAAACACCUCACUCACUUCACUCUAAACCCUAAUUUCCCUUUCACCUCUCUCCUCGUAUCUACAAAGUCCAAAGGCUAUGGCAUGUCCUUGUUUUUCAACGAUGAAUUUGAUAGACCCAUCGAUCUCGAUUUCCCAUUUUUGACCCAGGAAUCUGAUCCAGACAUUGUGGGUAUCUGUAAUGGUCUAGUUUGUAUCAGUGUAUCUCAAUUUGGGAAACCCUUGUUUCUCUGUAACCCUGCAACCAAACAGUUUCGUCGAAUUCCGGGUUACAGAUGGUGGGAUGAGAGGGGUGCGAAAUUGAAAAGGGUCACUUUUGGGUUUGGGUUCCAUCCCAGUGCUAAAGAUUAUAAAUUGGUGAGGAUUGCUUAUUAUUCUUGUUUCGAUGCGAGGGUCGUUGUUCGGGCUGAGUUUUUCAGUGUGAGGACCGGUAAUUGGAGAGAAAUCGAUGCUGGGAAGGCCCGGUUUUUCGGUGAGGAGGUUGGUGCUGUUAUGCCAUAUGAGAUUUGUGGGUCUGUGAAUGGGGUUUUUUAUUGGGCUGCAUUGGUAUUGCCAUUGAAUACUGUGAUUAUCGUGUCGUUUGACAUGGAUGAUGAGGUUUUUGCGAAAAUAGCAACCCCACCUUGUUUCUCGGAGAUUUGGGAUCAAUGUAAUUGGAAACUCACGGAAUUAAACAAUAAACUUGCUCUGAUUAUAUAUCCUGAUGAUUAUUACACAUGCUUUGAUGUGUGGGUGUUGGAUGAAAAUAGGAGCUCUUGGACUAAGCAAUUUAAAGUUGGACCUUUUCCGGGUAUUGGAAGUCGUGUGGGAGGUGAGAAAAAUGUUGAAAUCAUGCUUGUAGGAUGUGCGAAAGAUGGUAAACUUAUAGUGGAAGAUCGUUCUGAAUCUGAUGUUUUGAAGCUCUUUUCGUAUGACCCCAAGAGCCAAGUAACCAAGAAUCUUCCUGCUGCUCACGUGGUGUAUCCAUAUGAAGUUUAUCUGUACAAAGAGAGCCUGCUUCCAGUGGGAAACAUUGAAGCCAUAGCACAGACUCAUGUAAAGCCACCUGCAAUGGCGGAUGCUAGCAGCUGGUAUGCAAAGCUUUUGCAUGCAACCGUGCGUUGGUUUCGCUAUAACAUAGUCUUUUGCAAGGCAGUUGCAUUCAUGACUGCUCUACUUUUCAGCAACAGCGUAGUCGACUACGGAGUGGUCAGAAUAUUGAUAUCAUACCUGGAAAAGAAUUGGAAGAAGGUAAAUCUGGCGAAAGUCGCAUCAGUAAUAAACGUCAAAGACGGGAUAUCAGCGGUGAUGAUGAUUGUAUUAGCCCAUAUUUCAGAUACCUGGACUGGUCGUUUUGUGAUGGUUGUGUGUUCUACUGCUGCCUAUGCUAUUGGAUUCUGGGUACUCUACGUCUCUGCCAUGUUCAAUUCUGCUAAUAAUGUAGUCCUCUGUUUCUACUUGGCCAUGGUACCCAUAGCUGCGGGCAGAGCAAUGCGAGGCCCUACUCUUUAUGCAUUUUUAGGUGACCAAAUAGGCCACCAAGAUGAGCCAAACCAAGACAAGAAACGAGUUCAAGCCCGUGUAAAAUUUUGGGUUCGCUUGAACAAGUUUUUGGGUGCCACUGUGGCUUUCUUUGUGUUUGGGCCCCUACUGUGGAAAGAGUCCUUUGAAAUCUCAGCAAUUGCAAUGACUAUUUCUGGGUUCUUGUUUUCAUGUGGUUUUCCAUUUUACUACCGCAAAAAACCAACUGGGAGCCCCAUAACAGAUGUAUAUUAUGUCAUUAAGGCUGCUAUUUGGAAACGAAAUCUAGACUACCCUGCUACUCCAAAACAGUUCUACCAUAAUGACAAGGGUGAAUUAGAACUUUCGCCUCAUGUUGCACUACUCAGGUGGUUAGAUAAAGCUGCCAUUGAAGAAACAUCCAACUCCUCCAUGAGUAGUCCAGAAGAACAAGAAAGCAGAGGAAUGCUCUGUCCAGCGGCACAAGUGACAAAAGUGAAGCUUCUUUUAACAAUGGCACCUAUGUGGGCUACUUUUUUCAACUAUUGUCUUGUGGUUGCAACAGGAAGUACUUUCUUUUUCCUACAAACUAGUAAUAUGGAUGGUCACAUCAAUCUUACAUAUUUUUCUAUAAUCCGUACGUUCUCAAGUUUCAUAGCAUCGUUUCUGUAUGAACUACUAGUCCUGAGGCUGUGUACUGAAAGACAGCAAAAGCAUGCUUGGAAAGUGAGGAUUGGUGUUGGAAUGUUUUGCUCUUUUCUAUCCUGCAUGGUUGCUCGAUUUGUUGAAAUUUACAGGUUGAAGCUGUACAAGGACAAUAUUGGGGAAAAAAUUAUUCCCAUGAGUGUCUUUUGGUUAACUCCACAGUUCUGCCUUUUGGGAUUCAUGGAAGGACUUUGUGAAGAUGGUCUUGUUGAUUUCUAUUGUCAACAAGUACCUGAAUCCAUGAAGGCCUACGGGCCACCAUUUAAUCGGUGGGUAUUGGGAAUGGGGAAUUUUGUAAGCAUAUUAUGGGUUUUAACAUUCAAGCCGUGGUUUGGUGACAACAUAAAUGACAGUCAAUUGGACAAUUACUAUGCAAUUCUAGCCAUAGUAAGUAUUGCGAACCUAUUUGUCUACGGCUUGGUCUCCAAUAUGCCAAUCUACAAUAUUGAUCAAGUUGCAGAGAAGGAUGUGCAAUUGCAGGAAAUCUUGGCAGACGGCAACAAAAGUCCUGUAUCCAAGUCCUUCAUUCCUCCGAGCCACCUUUCAAUUGCAACUUCAACGCAAAGAAUUACAGCUUCUACAUCCUUUCCAGAGCAUCAAUCUCGCAACACUGGGAUCGUGGUUCAGAAGAAGCUCAGUCAUCAAAAGACAAUGUGAAGUGUUUGCAGCGACGAAGCAAACUUCAAAACCACAAAACCAUGUUUUGUAUAUGUAAUGUUAUGAAUGCAUUUGUAUAAGAACCAGGAUUCAUACAAUCAGUUCUAAAUUUGUGUGAAAAAA